AUGAGCGCCUUGUGCGGCGCGUGUGCAUCGACGCUCCUUACCACCACCACCGUCAUGCACCGAGCGACCGUCGUCAGUUGGAGUGAACGGCAGCGGUGGAACCGACGUCGAGGAGGAGCUAUUAGUGCCAAUGGUGGCGUGGCAGUUACGGCCGCGGAUGACCAGCGGUUGAAGAAGGGAAUAGCAGAGUUCUACGAUGAGUCAUCGGGGAUAUGGGAGAAUAUAUGGGGGGAACACAUGCAUCACGGCUUCUACGACCCCGGCGCCGUCGUACAAGUCUCCGAUCACCGCUCUGCUCAAAUCCGUAUGAUUGAACAGGCACUCCUCUUCGCCUCUGUUCCUGAGGACCCCGUUAAGAAACCUAGGAGCAUAGUUGAUGUUGGGUGCGGAAUCGGAGGUAGCUCAAGGUACUUAUCAACAAAAUAUGGAGCAGAAUGUUAUGGCAUCACCCUCAGUCCUGUACAAGCCGAUAGGGGUCAGGCCCUUGCUGCUGCCCAAGGACUGGCCAACAAGGUCUCAUUUCAAGUUGCAGAUGCUUUGAACCAGCCUUUUCCUGAUGGGAAGUUUGAUCUGGUUUGGUCUAUGGAGAGUGGAGAGCACAUGCCUGACAAACUAAAGUUUGUUAGUGAGUUGGCUCGAGUGGCGGCCCCAGGAGCCACAAUAAUCAUAGUCACUUGGUGCCACAGGGACCUUUCUCCUAGCGAAGAAUCCCUACGCCCAGAGGAGAAGAGGAUUUUGGACAAGAUAUGUGAUGCAUUUUAUCUUCCUGCUUGGUGUUCUACUGCAGAUUAUAUAAAAUUACUGGAAUCCCUUUCCCUUGAGGAUAUCAAAGCAGAAGAUUGGUCGGAAAAUGUUGCUCCAUUUUGGCCUGCUGUGAUAAAGUCUGCAUUGACUUGGAAUGGUCUAACUUCAUUGCUACAAAGCGGAUGGAAGACUAUUAAAGGGGCAUUGGUAAUGCCAUUGAUGAUUGAAGGAUUCAAGAAGGAUGUGAUCAAAUUCUCCAUCAUUACAUGUCGAAAGCCUGAAUAAGUGGUGCAACUCUCAAAUUAUUACUGUUUCUGCCACAUUGGUAGCUAAGCAAUACACAAAACAAAAUUCUUAAACUCAAAAAUAAAAUCAUGGCACCGGAGUUUGAAACUCCGACUACCUUCAAGAAUUGUAACUUGUAAGAGUCGUACACAAUUCUUCUAGUUCUAGAUAAGGGGUUGAGUGAGAGUGUGAGACGUAUGCAUUCUUCACACUUUUUAUGAUGGAAAAAUGUGAAAGCCUAUUGUGAAGUCUUUGUCGAUUCUAUAUUUAGAAAGUUACGACCUUGGUUGUCGGUCAUGAAAGGACGGUAGCUCGUCGUCUUGUAAAAAACACCACUCAAGUUUAAAUUGCUUGUUUAGUCAAUUAG